GCGAGGCCGCAGCGCGGAGGGGCUGGCACACGCUCGCCGCCGCCCGGAGUUCCGCAUGGAAGGUGGCGCAUUGGAGUGUCCAGGGCAACGCGACGCUUCCGACUUCUGGAAGCUUGGACUCAGGCUCGCGGAACGAUGCCUCUGGAGGUGGUGGUGGAGCUGCAGAUCCGGGCGAUUUCUUGCCCAGGAGUUUUCCUUCCUAGCAAGCAGUAUGUGUACCUCGGGGUCUACAUCCUGAAUCAAUACCUGGAGACAGACUACUUUUCUCCCGUCUUUCCUAUUCCGAUUCAUCAGUGCAUGAGAUUUGAAAAGAUAUUUGAAAAGGCAAUUGACCCUGGAACUGUAGUUGAAAAUUUAGAAAGCUUCCUAGCCAGGUUUGAGUUAAUUCAGCAAGCAUCUCCAGCAUGGGAAGAAUUGGCCUACUAUGAAGAAAACACCCGGGAUUUUCUUUUUCCGGAACCCAAACUGACUUCUUCACCCUCUGGGUUGCAGAGAGAAGUGCUCAUGAGGACAGCUGUAGGGUUCCCAGGUAUUGCUCCCAAAUUAGAAUUUUGUACAAGGACAGCCAUCAGAGGAUGUGUGUUUUUGGACAGAAACAGAUUUUUUGAGCAAAGAUAUAAAUCACAAAUACCUUUAUCAUCAUAUGGACCAAAGUUUCCCUUAAGUAAAAAGAAGACAAAGCGAAAUAGUAACCUUGACACACUGCUGGACUAUACGCAGUCUCGGACACCCUCUCCAUUUUCUACCAGGCGUUUCUUCCAGGACCGGCCACCUCAUUUCAAAGGCCCAAAAGAAAGCAAACCUCCAUUUGUAGUUAGACACGUGGACAGUACAAAGCCAUUUGGUGAGAGUACUUCAGAGCACCACUCCCAAAAGUCUAGAAUGAAGCCUGGCUCUUCAAACUUACCAUUUCCAGUGAGAAGAGCUUCUUCUCUUGACGACCUCACAGCAAAAGUAAAGGUUAUCAAAGAGCCCGAUGAACGGAUUAUUUUAAGGAGUGACUCACCAUCACCUUUAGAAUCAAGUAAGUUUGGAAAACUCAUGCCCAGUUACAAUGACCAAGGGGAUGCUGAUUUCUACCGGGAAACUUCAUUUGCUGCAUCCCAGCAUUCCAAGUCUCCCAGCCCUCUUCUGGAUCAAUCCCUUCGAGAAAGGUUUCUUCCCAGUUCUGAGUCCACGUGGAAGAAGAUUCAUGAAAGGGUGUGCAGUCUCCUGACAUCUCACAGAGCUGAGACACACUUAAAUGAGAAAGAUUCUGUCUCUGAAAUCAAUGACAUCCUUGAGAAACCAAGCUACCCUCUGAAGAAAAACCAAUUGAAUGAAGAGAAAAAUAUUUUUAAGUUGUUCUCUGAUGAGAAGCCGAACAAAGCCAGAGGUGCAUGGUGAAGGAACUCAUCAAGACAAC